GGUUCCAGCCUAGAUCCUCCCUCUUCUGCUAAAGAUGUCUCACCGGAACAAAAAACGGGCAUCCAGAAGUGGAUGCUCUAAGAGCAAGUUCACAGAAACUCCAGUUUUAACCAGGCCGAAAAUGGACUCGUUGGGUUUCCAAGCGAUGGAGAGUAAUGUUCCUGGGUUGUCCCAAGUCAUCCUUCAGAAACUCAACAUGAAGAGUUAUGAUGAAUACAGAUCUGCACUGGAAGGCAAGACCCCUUGCACGGAUUUUGGCAUCCGAUCCUACUUCGAGAUGUUUCAGAAAAUGGAAGACACAUUCAAAUUCUGCGUCGAGUGCAAGAAACUUCCAGAUUCACUACCUGAGCCCAAAAGCCUACGGCGCUGCAAAAGAUGUCAGAAUGUCUACUACUGUGGCCCUGACUGCCAACGGUUAAACUGGCCCAACCACAAAAAAUUCUGCAAGAAACUGAAGCUGGCAGCCCUUGACCGACUUAUAGAAUGGCUUGUGUUCACAGGUGACAUCCCUUUCCUCACAAGGCCCUGGACAAAAAAUAUCCAGGAUGUGCAGGGCUGGGAAGACUGGUUCUUGAUGCAGGAAAAUCUGGAUGAAAAGCUGAGCACUAUCAAAACAGGGCAUUACAUGAGCAUCCUCUGGGCCAACGCAGGCAAACCAAAGCCCAGUGAGGUGGAGUUGACUGAGUCAGUCAAGAGGGUGACCACGGACUUUGUCUCCAGGCCAGCCACCAUUGGCCUUGGGCUGAGCAUGUUCCAUCUUGAUCCCUAUGCCAAGCCAAUCACAGUGCAUGUGGUAGGAGCUUCUCAUGUUGAGACCCUCAGCGCUCGGGUGACAGAUUACGAUGAGCUGUCCCGGAUGUUUCCGAAGCAUCAGGGCAUAGAGGUGGUGAUGGUGGGGGUGGAUGUGGUAGAUGGACCCAUCAUGAGACCUCCACUGGUGGCCUUUGGACCCCGGGAAAGAGUCUACCUCAGCAGCUACAAGGACCUUUACCACAACUUCUGGGAAUCACAGGUGGACACUCAGCAAGCGGCUCGACCAGAUAUUGUGGUUGGCUUUCAUGCAGGGUUCCAUGCCUGCCCUGAUCUGAUGGCAAGUUGGCUUCCCACGUUGCUGCUUCUCCGAGACUACAAGAUCCCUUCUUUGUUCACUAUGUACAGUGAGCAGGAGCUGAAACAUUCCCUCAGAAUCUUGAUGGAGCUGGAAACUCAGGUCACAGGCUGUGGGGCCAACCCCUUUGCCUCCCUCAAACCAGAGCAGGCCCAUUCAAACCCCAACAAGCCACCUGUCUACUCCAAUUCCCACUACCUGAUGUUCCAUGGGCUAGGUGGUCCUCCAGAGGAACAUGACAUAGGAGAACUGGAUGGGGAAGAGGAAGAGAGAAGUUAAAUCUCAGCAAGCUUAGAACUACUGUAUAUAACCUGGCUAGCAGUGGUGUCUUCAUGUGUCUCAGUUUGUCAUGAAACGAGCUAAGAUCUCAGGAAUACAGGCAUCUGGGUUUGUUCUUGCAACAAAAGGUCCAAGCCCGUUAUUAGCAGCCGCAUAAUCUAAUCCUAUCAGCCUGUAGCCAAAGCAUGUUGACUCCCACUAUCCUCUGUGUAACCUCCUCCCAAUUUAGCAUAUAUAAAUCAGCUGUCUUCUGACUUGGGGCCCUCCAGAUGUGUUGAAGGUAGAAAUUCCAAAAUUCCCAGCCAAAGGCAAUGCUAGCCUGGAGUUUUGGAGCUGUUAUUUCCAACUUUUUUGGUGGACUCCAGGUUGGAGAUGAGGGCCAGUUUGGUGUAGCCGUUAAAGGCAUGGAUUGGAAGCCAGGAGACUUGAAUUCUAGUCCUGUCUUAAUCAUGAAAGCCAACUGAGUGAUUUGGGCCAGGCAUUUUCUCUCAGCCCUAGGAAGAAUCCAAUGGCAAACCUGGGCAGUGUAAAAAAAUAAUAAAAUAAGCCACUUCUGAAAAUGUUGUCCAGAAAACCACAUAGACUUGUCUACAUAGGCAUCAGGAGUCAAGUCUGAUUCAAAGGCACAAAAUAAAAAUUAAAGGGGGAUUCCAGGAGAGCUGCUGAAAAUGGUUGAAGUGGUGUUGCCCACAUGUUAGUCCACAUGAAAAUGUUUUCAGAACUUAGACAAGAGAGGUUCCAUCAAACGGUUUUUCUCAUAUCGAGUUGUAAACACUUGCAGGAAGAUAGCCUA